CCCAGCAUUUGAAGCUGAUUUUUGCUCAAUUAACCUCCUUCAGGAAAUCCCAAACUUUACACCAGUAAGAUAAAAAAUCACAAGCAAGUGUAAAAGUGCAUGUGUGUGCGUGGUGUGUGUGGGAGCUCCCAGUGGCUGUGUGUGUGUGUGUGCACAUCAUACAUGACCUGAGGUUCUGCAGUGGAGGAUCCCGGUGUCCACUCCUUCCAUACCCCGCAAUCUAAAUGAUGAACGUUGUGGAGGCCGUGGAAAUGUCCACGGCCACGCUCACCGUGGUUGGGACGUCUUCUAAAAUUUCCAUCUUCUAUUUCUUUGUUCCAUUCUGUGUCUGCUGUGAUUUUUCUCAGGGCAGUUCUUCACUCAGUUUCCAAGCUUUCUACAGCAGUGGCAGACAUCAACUGCUGGGGAGGAGCUGGAGCGGGGGCACCUCUCAGCUGAGGGUGGUCUGCAGCAGCAUGCUGGAAAAGGGGGGGCUGUGCACGGUGUAGAGGGUCAUCUUUUACUUUUUGUCAUUGCUGCGUUUCAUCUGGCCUGGUUUGUUGGUGACAGGCGUGUCGGAGCACAUCGGUCAUUCAGACAGAUGUCAGUCCAGUACACACAGGAAGUCUUUAGGCUUCUGUGAGAGAUGAGCAGAACCCAUCCAGGAAGCGACUCUUCAUCAGUGCUUCAUAUGGAGGCAACCUUCCUUUUAGUGCAGUCGUUGAGCUUUGACAGAUCACAUGUGGAAGGGAAGCUUUCAUUAAUGGCAGGACUGAGGUCAGUCAGCCACAUAUUGUAGACUCUGUCAGCCUGUUCUGUCCCAAAGUCAUUCAAUCUCCUUUGCCAUGGCUGCUCCUCCUCUCUCGGGGGUCAGGAGGUGUUUGGACGCUACCAUGAGGUUAUCUGCAACUUGCACCACGGGGAGCUGCAGGAUAGGACUUUGGGCCACUGAAGCUGCUCGCCCACUUCUCAGUCUCAUAGGUGAAAAGGCUGAUAUUGGACCCAGAGCAAAUACCUCAGGAGAUUCAGUCUCUGGUUGUGUUGACAGCUUCUGCUGCAGCUUGAUGCAGAUGGGAGGGUGCUGACCUGCGUUGCUGCUGCUUGGAGAGGAGUGAGGUGGAGGAUUGAAUGGAGGAGCUGGAAUAUUUCAUUUAAGGGCAAGGGGUUAGGUUGGUAGGGUGGAGGGAAGGAGUCCGCUCGACAGGUCGGCUCUGGUUCCCCAUGAAGUCUGCAGAGGACAGAGAGAGGAAAAGAAGUAGUUUCUGUUUGUUUUUUUUUUGUUUGUUUUUUUACACAUUUCUCCGCUUUUACCCAUUCAAUCUGUCUGAUUGCUGCUCUUUAGAGGCAUUAAGUUGUUUCCUUUUCUUUUUUUCUUUUUUUUAAUCAGAUGCUGCUUUUAGACUUGAUCGAAAGCGUCCUUCAUGAUUGUGGCAAGUAGAAGGCUCAGCCUUCUCUGAUUGAUGCACCUGGUACCAGCCAAUGAGGCUCCUGCUGCAAGCCGACGCUCAGGAUCAAGCUUCUGUGUGGAGAGGAAACGACAGCAGUGAGCGAUGCUAUUACAGCUUCACCAUCCCCAGCCCUGUGGAGACCAGCUGCCCACAGCUUUCAGGUCCAGAACUGGAGGGUCUGAAGGCCAGACUCGGCGUGCUCGAGAUGCUGGUGUCCCAGCUGACCGGGAAGAACCUCCAGCCACCAGGGGGGCAUCAGGGGGGUGGAGACAGAGCUCAGGCUGAGCUGCAGGACGCACUGAACCGAGCUGUAGGAGAGAAGAGUCUGUUGCAAGGGGAAAUAGAGCGCCUGAAGAGGGAGAUGAAGGCUCUUCAGCUCAGAAUGGAGGAAAUGAGGAGGGAGACGGACAGGCUGAGGAACAGACCCUGUCCUCAGAUGCCUGCCGUCCCGCCAAGCCACCCGCAGAGAGACAGGGCUCCGACCAGACCUUUUGAAGACGCCGCAUGGCAGUAUCAGUCUCCUGGAUUUCAGGAGCUCAAGGCGGAAGUGACGGAGGUCCCUGCUCCUGACAGCAACCAGGACAACGCAGGUUGUGGUGACCUGCUUUCAGUUGGAGAGCCAGUCACUCACAGAAGAGCUGACAACAUUGCAGGGAAAUAUGGAGUCUGGAUGCAGGAUCCUGAGCCGGUUUCUCCAUAUGGACCCAAAAUGGUCUGGCGUAUUGACACAGUUGGCACAGAGGUCCGGCAGCUGUUUGGAUAUGAAGACCUGGAGCAGCUCUCCAAAGGUUUCCCAUCUAAAGUCCUUUUGCUGCCAGACCCCCUAGAGAGCACCGGAGCCACUCUCUACCGAGGCUCCCUGUAUUAUCAGAGAAGACUAAGCCGCACUCUGAUCCGCUAUGAGCUGGCUGCUGAGCAUGUCGCUGCCCGCCGGGAGCUUCCUCAUGCUGGGUUCCAUGGCCAGUUUCCCUACUCCUGGGGAGGCUACACAGACAUCGACUUGGCUGUGGAUGAGAAGGGGCUGUGGGCAGUCUACUCCACCAGUAAGGCCAAAGGAGCUAUUGUGAUUUCACUGCUGGAUCCUCUGAGUCUGGUGGUAAGAAGAAGCUGGGAGACGAACAUGAGGAAGUCAUCUGUGGCCAAUUCCUUUGUCAUCUGUGGGAAGAUGUACACAGUGGCCAGCUACUCUGCUACGGACAGCACCAUUAACUUCGUAUACGACACCGAAACCAGUCAGGGGAAGGCUGUAUCCAUCCCUUUCAAGAACAAGUAUCGCUACAACAGCAUGAUUGACUACAGCUUGGCCCAAAGGAAGCUGUUUGCAUGGGACAACUUUCACAUAGUGUCCUAUGACAUUAGGAUGGGUCACAAGCUGGCCAGCAGGAGAAAAAGAGACAUUUAGCUGUUCCUGCAUCAGAGACUUAAACUUUUAGAGCAACGCAUGAGCAGAACAGAGGUCAGCCCAAACAGGAGAGCCUUGCUACCAAAAACCGUAAGGGCUGGGAGAACUGGUUAAGUAGGCACAGUCCACAAAUUUAAAGAGGAAUUAUUUUUAUACUGCUUUUAAAACCCUGAUGUUUCACUUCACAUUUUCCUUUUAAUCAAAGUAUAUACGUGGAAAUUGAAUAGCAGAGUGUCGUAAUGUCCUUGCUAAAUGCUUUACUAUUUGUAUUGCAGAAUCCUGCUAUUGUACAGAUUUUUGUAAAGACUACAUUGAUUUUUGCAUGCAUUUGUAGUGUCAUGACAUUUCAUGAAAUAAACUUCAUAACUGACUUUUCCUUUGCAUAUAAAGCCUAGUGGGGUUAAAACUGCAUCAGUUAACUGGGUUAAAUGUAGAAUUAUGCACCAUGUUUUGACCAAGGAUGACUAGGGAUCAGGUUUUUUGGGCCUGAUCCGAUUCCGAGUCAUUUGAUUUUGUGUAUCUGCCAAUACCGAGUCCCGAUCCGAUACUUUUAUAACACAAUUAAAACAUGAAUAAAUUGAAGAAACAGA